UAAGUGCUGCUAAUACGUUAAAACGUAUUUUCAUUGGUCCUUCCGAAACACGAUGUCAGCGUCCUUGGCGCUGUUGUAUCCAGCCGUGUGUAGGGAACAGUUUGUGCUUCCAUCACCAGAAGCAGAGAACACACGCUGUACGUAUGUUCUCCGUUGUAGGGGAAGGUCACUGGCAUUGAAUCCUUACUUUAGUUUAAGAUGAUUAUUAUUCAUUCUGGGUGGUGUGUAGGCUACUACUUAGGGAACUUGGUUUAUAAUUUAAUGGAUGGUUGGUCGGAUUCACAUGUUGGCGGCUGCCGUUCUAACCACUGCAUGAUAAUUAACCUGAACGGUUUCGUUUAAAACAACCAGGUGUAGAAUGGACUGAAUUUAUAACCAUUUAAUCUGGAUAUAGGCCUCUCUGAAAUACCUAAAUAAAAUGUGUCGAAAUAAGUAUGCAACAGUGGAAAAGUACAGCUCGUACCCAUUUCUUACGCACGCCAUUUGUUUAUUUUAAUAACACUGAGGAUUACCUUACUACCACAUAUUAAAAUAUACAUUCCAACUUUAUGGUUAUCCGAAAUAUGCGUUUAAAAACGACUGGUGAAUUGCAAAUGACAUGUCAUUACCUCACCCUGCAUGAAAUACAAAAGCAUGACAAUAUAGAGGAGAAAAUGUUGGGGUGACCAAAAAUACUGUUACCCUCACCCUGGUGCUGCCAUUGUGCAGUUUAAACGAAGGCUUAAUCGCGACAGCCCGCAAGAUUCUGUAGAUUUCCUUUUCCAUAUCGGAGAUAGGAGAGAUGCGAAAAGCAAACGAUACCCAGAAUGCUGCUGCAACAGUCCGGAAGUGAGCUGUGUAUUGACAAUAUGGCUGAUCGUUCUGCGGAGCGGGGAAGAAGGAAGUCUGGGCUUUGACAGUAUAGCCCUUUCACGGUUGCUGAUAAAACAGAUCUUUGAAUGAGGGGAGUUGAGAUUCUACGGGAUGAAGACAUUGAGCUGAGGACAUAUUUAGAGCGUUAGAACAGCCAUGUCGUUUUUUAGGAGGAAAGCAAAAGCCAAGGAAAUUGAGAGACCAGUUGAUCCAAAACCUACCAAGGCUCCGGUUACAUCGCACUCCCCGUCUCAGGCUUCCCGCAACCACCAUGCUAUCCUGGAGGCAGCUGGGCCCAGCCACGUGGCCAUCAACGCCAUCUCCGCCAACAUGGACUCCUUCGCCCGCGGGCGCACCGCUAUUCUCAAGAAGCAGCCCAGUCACAUGGAGGCUGCGCAUUUUGGGGACCUAGGGCGUUCCAGCGUCAACUACCAGGCGCAGGAGACGCGGUCGCGGCUGUCCAAGACGGUGGACCAGAUCCUGCGGGACAGCGUGGCCAUGCCCUACUACAUCCAGUUCAUGGAGACGCAGGGGGCCGACCACCUGGUCAAGUUCUGGCUGGAGGCCGAGAGCUUCCGGGCCACCAGCUGGUCCCGGGUCCGGGCGCACAGCCUCAACUCCGUCAAGCACAGCUCGCUGGCCGAGCCGGCCUCGCCCUCCGCCCGGGGUCCCGGGAGCGAGGACUCGUCCGGGUCGCCCCCGCUCGCCCACACCCCCAGCCCCCCGGACACUAACUCUCACAGCCCCGGGGGGGCCGGCGUCUCCCACGGCAACUCCCUGGGCCCGGACGGCGGCAGGGAGCCCGGGGCCCUUCAGCAGGUCCCGCAGGGCGAGACUCCCACCAGGCAACCCUCCUCCAGGAUGGGGACCCCCUUCAAACUCCAGGCAACGAACGCACUCAAACAGCUGUCUGACAAGCUCAUGAAGAGUAUAGAGAGAGAUGCAGUGAGUAUCUUUACCAAGUACAUCUCUCCUGAUGCUGCUAGAUCCAUCCCCAUCACAGAAUCCGUCAGAAACGACAUAGUGGCAAAAAUCUGUGGGGAAGAUGGGCAGGUGGAUCCAAACUGUUUUGUCACAGCACAGUCGGUAGUCUUCGGCAUCAUGGAUGAACAGCACUUUACCGAAUUUUUACGGAGCCAUCAUUUCUGCAAGUACCAGAUCGAGGUGCUGACCAGCGGUACCGUGUUCCUGGCCGACAUCCUCUUCUGCGAGUCGGCCCUCUUCUACUUCUCAGAGUACAUGGAGAAGGAGGAAGCUGUCAACAUCCUGCAGUUCUGGCUUGCCGCCGACAACUUUCAGGACCAGCUGGCAGCCAAGAAGGGCCAGUACGACGGGCAGGAGGCUCAGAAUGACGCCAUGAUCCUGUACGACAAGUAUUUCUCCCUUCAAGCCACAAACCCCCUGGGUUUCGACGACUUGGUGCGGUUAGAAAUAGAGUCCAACAUCUGCCGGGAGGGCGGUCCCCUGCCCACCUGCUUCACCACGCCCCUGCGGCAGGCGUGGACCACUAUGGAGAAGGUUUACAUGCCAGGCUUCUUGUCUAGUAACCUUUAUUACAAGUAUCUGAAUGACUUGAUCAAUUCCGUCCGGGCCGACGAGUUUUUCGGCGGGAACGCGGUUGCCCCGGGACAAGGUCUGACCCAGGACGGCGAUCGCAGCACUAGCACCUCGGAGGAGACACAAGCCCAGCAAGGCACCAAAAAGGCAGCAAUUAAAAUCCUGAAAAACUUUGACGAGGCAAUAACGGUGGACAUCGCCAGCCUGGACCCGGAGUCUCUCUAUCAGCGCCCGUACGCUGGAAGAAUGACGUUUGGGAAGGUGAACGAGCUCGGGCAGUUCAUCAGGGAGGCGGAGCCGGAACCUGACGUGAAGAAGUCCAAAGGCUCCAUAUUUUCCCUGGCGAUGAAGAAGUGGGUGCAGGGAAAUUCGGAUGAGGCCCAGGAAGAGAUGGCCUGGAAGAUUGCCAAGAUGAUCGUGAAUGACGUCAUGCAUCAGGCGCAUCACGAUCAGCCCGGCGACCAGGCGACUAAGGUGCUGGAUCUCUCAGGAGCGACACUAUGACCUCCGUGAAGAACCAAAGGAAACUCCGUACUGACGCUCCGUGGAGCGAUGGAGCCGGGUGGUGGCGGAGGAGUCGGCGAUGAACUGCACACUAUUUAUCCAAUGUUAAAGUUAUUUGAAUGAAGAUAGAACAACACAUUCCAUGACUUCCUGCAUCAAGCUUGCAUGUGUGUGCGUGUGCGUGUGUGUGUGUGCGCGCGAACGCGAACGCGUUAGUAUGUUUGUGGGAUCACGUGUACACUCCCUCUUAACACUAUGAAGGCUUUUAAAAGUAUGAAGUGGAAAAAAAACAAAAACAAAGCCGUUGUGCAGCAGCACCCUGACGCGAACAAAAUCCCUACAAGGACAGGAAAUGAUGCAGGAAGUGGUGGCGUUACACAGUGCAUUAAAGUAUCUCUGCUCCAGUAACCUUCUACCAUGGCCUCUGAGUAGAGGCCCAGGACCUGAAAGAGACUUCACAAGAUUGUAACAAUGAAGACUACAGUUUCCCCCUCCUGUUCCUCUAUUUGUUUUAAAUAAAGUUGUACCCAAAAAGGUCAUAUUCAUUUUAAUGGAAGGGGCCGUCAUUGACGAAUUGCACCCAUUGCUGAACGGCUGUGUACAGUUUUGAUUAGAAACUCAUUGCCUCUCUGGCCUCCUGUGUAUUUUGUGAACAGUAUUGACAGUGCAAGUAAUUUGUCCUAUACCUGUGUCCAGUAGACAAGACGGGAAUAUGAUUGAAACUGGAAAUGCCACCAAUCGCAGCUGCAAGGAACUUGCCCAAAAUCUGUAGCACGACCUGGAACUCUGUCCAAGUCAUUACAGUACACAGGUCACAAGUUGUUCUUCUGCAGUUAAUGGAAAACUCCCUUGGACUGAAUUACAAAAGUCGCAAACAAAUACUUCUGGCUCCAUGUUAUAUAGCUGUAGGUUUCUGGUUUACCCCAUAUAUUAAUGUAAUAUCCAUAUUUUGAUGAUGAUUAUUUUUUGUAUAAUAUGUAAAAAACAUUGUCAAUACAAAUCUCAAUAAGGACUCGUAGUCUUAUGAGAAUGUGUACUUGGUGAAUAUGUCAUUAUUUUCAGACACGUUCAACUGUGGAUAAGAACCAGAAUGAAAAGACUUUUGGUACUAUGUACCUCUACUAUGUUUUCUGAUGGAUAUGUGUACUUAAUCUAUAAUAUAUUUAAAUUGUGUUCGAUUUAAAAAUACAUAUAUUAUUGAAAUGUUUGUCAUCGGUCUUGUGUCAUUUGUUUUUUUUUAUGACCAUAAAAAGUACUCCAAUAUAAAUCUUCCACAGAAACAGAAGGUACUGUAGUGGCAAAGGAACUCAAUGAAAACUCCAUGAAAUCCAAUGGUUUCACUGAUUCUUGUGGAAAUGUUGCUACCAAUAAAUGGAAAAUUAGAAUUCC